CUGCGCUCAUCCGCAAACCCAUCGAUCGCGUCCUCCGAUGGCGGCCAAGGAAGAAUGGAGCAUCUCCGAUUUCGAAAUCGGGAAAUUCAUCGGCGAAGGAAAGUUCGGCAAAGUCUACCUCGCGAGAGAGAAACAGAGUGGAUACGUCGUGGCACUGAAGGUGAUCUUCAAGGCGAAGCUGGAGAAGUACCGAUCCCACGCCCAUCUCCGGCGGGAGAUCGAGAUCCAGCACGGCUUGAACCACCCGAACGUCCUCCGCCUCUUCGCCUGGUUCCACGACGAGACCCGCGUCUUCUUGGUCUUGGAGUAUGCGGCGCGGGGCGAGCUCUACAAGCUCCUCAAGAGCCUCCACCACUUCUCCGAGAAGCGGGCCGCCACGUAUGUAUCGAGCCUUGCGGGAGCGCUGGCGUAUUGCCACGAGAAGCAUGUGAUCCACAGGGACAUCAAGCCGGAGAACCUGUUGCUGGAUAUUGAGGGUCGACUAAAAAUUGCAGAUUUUGGGUGGGCGGUGCAGUCGAAUGCAAAGAGGCACACCAUGUGUGGUACCAUCGACUAUCUUGCCCCAGAAAUGGUAGAGAAGAAGGAACAUGACCAUGCGGUUGACAAUUGGACUCUGGGCAUUCUCUGCUAUGAGUUCCUGUAUGGGGUCCCACCGUUUGAAGCCGAAGACGAGUACGGUACAUUCAGGAGGAUAAUGAAAGUUGACUUGAAGUUUCCUUCCAGUCCUGCUGUUUCUGUUGAAGCCAAGGAUCUUAUCUGCAAACUUCUGGUGAAGGAUUCAUCCAAGAGGCUGUCUCUUCAAAAGAUCCUGAAGCACCCUUGGAUCGUCACGCAUGCAGAUCCAUCUGGCAGUUGCUGCGAUUGAGGUGAGGUGGUCGUAUUCCAAAGGGCACGGAUACAUAUAUAUCAACAAUCGUAGAAUUCAGUCAGCAGACAGAUGGCCUUCAAGGAUACUUUACGUAUCAUGUUUUGGAUUGAUGUAAUUGACAUCUGUGAACCAGAAGAUAGAUAUGAUCCAUAUGCUUACAUCUGUUUGGAUGAA